AUGCUCCUCCCCACCGCCGCCCUUCUUCUGACUGCUUCACGUCUUGUCGCAGCAAACCCAGUCUACGCACUCGUGCACAGGAGCGUCGUGCUCGUCGAGAGAGCAGGAUGUGCCAACCCGUGCGGCUGGGAAGGAUGGCUCUGCUGCGCCGAGAGCCAGCAGUGUCAGGUCGUCAACAACCAAGCAACCUGCGCAAGCGGUGCUCAAGUCACACAGGCUGAUAAUGGCUACUGGCAGUACUGGACAUCAACAUAUGUCGAGACUGAUCUGGUCACCAAGACUCAAGUCUACAGCUCCUACGUUGGUGCUGCAUCCCAACCCUCGCCGACGUCAGGUUGCACAUACGCAAAGUGUGGCAACAGCUGCUGUGGUCAGGGUCAGUACUGUAAUGAUCCCAGUACAGGCCAGUGUAUGAACAACGACGGUGGCGCCAUAACUCAGAGUCCGUUUCCUCCUCUCCGACCUACAAGCUCCGGUCUCACUGUGAUUACAGCUACCGUUUCGCCCACCAUCACCGUUCCGUUUGAGAGCACCGUCCCGACUGGCACAAACGUGAGCGUGAGCGGCAGUGGAGGUGGUGGUCUCAGCGGUGGUGCUAUUGCUGGUAUCGUCAUUGGCGUGCUGGCUGGCACCAUUCUGCUGCUGCUCAUCUGCCUCUUCUGCUGCGCUCGAGCCAUCUUCGAUUCUGUUCUCGCCAUCUUUGGCAUCGGCGGCAAGAGGCACGUCCGUGAGGAGACAAAUAUCGAGAGUCACCACUCGCAUGCCGGCGGUGCAGCUGGUGGCCGAAGAUGGCACGGUCAAGGUCCCACGAGGCCAACAAAGGAGACCAAAUCUAAGUUGGGUGGUGUUGGCGGUGCCGCUGCUAUUCUUGGUGGAUUAGCACUCGCCCUUGGGCUGAAGAGGAAGCAUGACCGGAAAUACGACGACAAGAGUGACUACACUUCGGAGUACACCUACAGCGAUUACACGACAAGCGAAAGCAGCGCAAGCUCUUCCGACCGACACACGCGAGACACGAGACAUACACGGCGCUGA